AUGCUGUUAAUUUUGGUCAUGGGUGUUUCGGCAUUGGUGGAAAUAUUGGGGGCUAGCCCUUCUAUCGAAAGCCAGUCACGUCACCAAGUCUUAAAUUAUGAGAUGGAGACAUCAAAUAUGCCCAAUUCCUACAAAUUUCACUAUAAUUCUAGUGAUGGGACUUCACGAACAGAACAAGGGUCCAUGCAGCAAAAUGGUUCAGGUGUAGCCGCAUUAUCCGUACACGGGGCCGUCCGCUGGUACAACGACAAGGGACACUUAUACGAGAUGACAUACAAGGCAGGAAGAAGAGGCUAUAGAACAAUUAUUAAGAAAAUAUCA